GGGAUCGUCAGUGAACAUGAGCUGCAAUUUCUCAAAUGAUGAUGACAAUUUGUUGUCAGAUUUUAGCAAUUUAUUCUGGUUUAACAAUGACAACAAGAAGAAAUGGAAGGACAAGACCAUUCCCGAGGACUUAACAGAUGACAAAGCGUAUUCCGGACGUUUUAAGUGGCUGUUUGAUGUUUCAGGAAGGUUUAUAAAACACAACGCCUCCUUCUCAAUCACGAAAACUCUCCAAGUCAAAGAUCUAAGAAAGAGUGACACCGCUGUCUAUCGCGUUAUGGUUCCGUCAGAGAACUCCGGAUGGAAAUUAAUCAAAACUGGAAUCACUGUUACUGUCACAGCUCUUAAGGUGACAAAGUAUACAACCACUGUGAACAACGGACAGAAAGUAACACUGACCUGUAGCACCACCUGUACUCUGAGUGACAAUCUCAACCCCAACUACAUCUGGUACAAGAACGGACAACAGCUUACCAACCCAAAGACCCUGAAUGUCAACCUGUACCUAGACCCAGUCAGCAGUCAGGAUGCAGGCAGUUACAUCUGUGCUGUAAAAGACAGUGAGAAGCUCCACUCCCCUGCACUCUGUCUCCUUGGUAACUGCUGGGAUGUGACACACCAACACAAGACCAUCUGCGCCUUCGCCGGGACUAACAUUGAACUCCUUUGCAAUUACACAUAUCCCAGUAAUCAAACCAUCACAGACAGAAUCUGGUCAAAAUCUGGUAUCAAAUACUUGGACAAUGAUCGCAUAGAGUAUCGUGGUAAGAAGGAGAACGAUUGCACCCUGCGAAUCACAGACCUGAGAGAGAGUGACUCUGGUUAUUACACAUUCUCAUUAGAAACGCAAGGGGUUCCAAAGUACAGUGAUCCAUUUGGGGUCAAUCUGUCUGUCACAAACUUACAAGUAGAAGUUACUCCUCCUGUUGCAAAUGAGGGAGAUCUCGUCAUUAUCUCCUGCAUGACCUCCUGUCCAAACUUCAGUGACUUACUUGUGUACAAGAACAACGCCUCUGCCACUGGCAAGUCCAAGACCAUGAUCCUCGAUGCCGUCAGCAGUAAGGAUGCAGGCAGAUACUUCUGUGUUGUAAGAGGCUUUGAGGAUUUUCCAUCCCUUGCUGCUACACUGGUUGUGAGAUAUGGCCCGAAGAACACUUCAGUGUCCGUUAGUGGUGAAAUAGACGAGGGCAGUCCAGUGACUCUGACCUGCAGCAGUGAUGCCAACCCACCAGUGAAGUCUUACACUUGGUACAUGAGGAAUGGGACUGAAGUGAGCGUCUUACAGACAGGAGCAGGAAGAGACAAGUACAUCAUCCCCAAUGUCAGUCUGGGAGACAAGACCCAGUACUACUGUAGGGCUGAGAACAAGAUGGGAGCUCAGAACUCUACUGCCUUGGACCUCAACACAGGUGUGUUUUUUCCAGUGUCUGUUUUGGCUUCUGUACUGGGGGUGGUUGGGGUUGUCCUAGCUGCUAAAGCUUCAGUUCUCAUCUACUGUACACUGAAGAGGAGACGCACAGCAGGAAGUGGUGUCAGAGAUGGAAAGGGUGUCAGACCAAGUAUUUGUGUCAGAGGAGGAAGGGGUGUCAGAGAAGAAAGUGGUGUCAGAGGAGGUUGGGAUGUCAGAGGAGGAAGUGGUGUCAGAGGAGGUUGUGAUGUCAGAGGAGGAAGUGGUGUCAGAGGAGGUUGUAAUGUCGGAGGAGGAAGUGGUGUCAGAAGAGGUUGUGAUGUCAGAGGAGGUUGUGAUGUCAGAGGAGGAAGUGGUGUCAGAGAAGAAAGUGGUGUCAGAGGAGGUUGUGAUGUCAGAGGAGGAAGUGGAUCCAGAGAAGGUUGUGAUGUCAGAGCAGACACACAAACCAUCUAUUAUGCCAAUAACGAUUCCUCAAACUCAGAUGUGAGUGAGACGACCAGCGCCUGUAUCUAUGAAACCAUUGAUGAUAUGCACCUAGACCCUGAUGAAUAUAAUGACAUACAGGAUGACGACUACACAAGUCUUCAGAGAGAUGCUUGCCCAUCCUUGUAUGACACCAUCCCCAAGAAAGCGUCACCACAGGACCUGGAAUGAAGGGUUACCUACAACACCAAACCAAAGACAGGCCUUACACCUUUUUUAUGCCAUUGGCUUUGUUACAGAAUCCCCCUGCAGAGGGCAUUGUGGGACUCAUUUCCAGCCUGCUUGUUGUUGUUGUUUAUGUCUGGCUGGCAACAAGUAGUUUAGCUCCCCCUCACAUGAGUGAUAAAAUCACCUCCAGCUCGUGGCUUCAGCCAAUCAGACUUUCCCCAUGCACACCACACCAUACUGUACUGAUCAUGUGUAAGGGAAUUUUAAUGUUUGUGCUUUUCAUAUAACUAAUUUCUGUAUUCAUGCAAGUGGCUGACUGUACAAAUCCUCACUUAUCUAUCUGU